AUGGAGGGUUCUGUCGUCGGACAUAAACAGCAUUGGUGGUCCUGGUUCUUGACAAAGCGGCCUGUUUCCCUUGGGCCCCGGGGGAAAUGUCCUUUGAAGAAAGGCCCCGGAAAGCGGGAGGGCUCAGCACCAGCAAUGUUUUGUUUUGCAACUGUAACUGACUCGAUGCCGAUAUCCCGUGGUCAGGUCCUGGCACCUGCAGGAUGUUUCGCAGGCAUCGCGGUGGAUUUUUCGAUGGUUCCUGCUCAUAAUUGGUUCGAGCUUGCGUGCGGGACGAGUAUCGUUUAUGCUCCGCUACAGCUUCACUUCUUGGAAGAGAAUUCGGCGUCCGCCACUGUCGAGCUCUGCUAUUCAAAUGACGGGCAUGAUUACUGCUGGUAUUUGUCGUUCGAGAUGAUGAGACUCUACAGUAUGCUUACAGUCUUUCGUUCCACAUCUGACCUGUAUGACGAGCCCAACACUUCUGGGUAUAUCAACCUACAUGUUCCUGCCAAUCAUUUCCUGAAGUGGAAGCAUCCUGACUUUCGUCCGAAGACACAGCGAACACGGAUAGGAUGUCUUUCGUGUACGCAACAGGUCCUCAAUUGGGACUUCUUCCUCACUCAAUCACAGACGUGGACACCGAUUCAACGGCUGCCGGCACGCGAGCUCAAACUAGAGAGGGCGCUCCUCAUUCGUGCACCUAUGAAUGGUACUGAGGCUGGCAUGAAGUCUAUCACACGCCAUACGUGA